AUGUUGAGUCUUCUGAAACUGACUGUCAGGAUUCACUGUGGCCGUCUGUGUGGACAUCAGUGCAAUGGACAGAAAAAAAAAAAAUUUAAAGGACUUUACUCUACUGAUGGAAAAAUUGGAUGUGAUAUAUGCAGAAAAAUGGGUAAAUUAAAAACCCCUCAAAAGAUUCAAAUAUCUCAAGAAUGGGCAACAUGUGAAAUUGAUGGAGGAACAAAUACUAACAAGAAAACUCACCUCACUGUUUUAAGAAAUAAACUUAAAAAACAUUUUGAAUCCAACUCACACAAAUCUGCUGUUCAAAUAUUAGACAAUAAAGACAAGAAUAUGUUGUCCAAGUUUAUGGAAGAAAAGGAUUACCAGAUAAACAAAGCUACAUAUUCUAUUUUCCGUACUGCUUAUUAUAUAGCAAAAUAUAACUGUCCAUUUGAUGAUCAUUUAAAACUAGUGCAAUUACAGGAACUUAAUGGUAUAAAAUUAGGGUUUACCCUUCAUUCUAGACACUCAUCUACCAAUAUUCUUCAACAUAUUUCUGAAGAAAUGAAACAUAAAAUUAUUAAAAAUAUUAUUGAUACAAAUGCAAAAUGUUCCAUACUAAUUCACAAAUCAACUACACUCAGUGAUUUAUGUAACAUGGUUGUUUAUUUAAAAGUAUCAAUAUCAAAUAAUGAACCUCUCUUUAUUUUUUUAGACUUGGUUGAAUUAAAAAAUCAAACCGCAGAAAAUAUUGUAAAUCAAUUAAUUAACUGUUUAUAUACAUCAGGGCUUGAUGAAAACUAUUUACAACAACAUUGUGUGUCCUUUGAAGCGACGGAGCAAACAUUUUGUUGGGUAAAAAAUGGUGUUGCUAAAAAACUCAAGGAUAAGUACCCUCUUAUCUUUAGUUGGCACUAUAUGAAUCAUCAUAAGGGUUAUAACUUCUUUUAAAACUAAUAAUGGUGAUUAUAUGCACCAAGCUGUAGUUGCAAUAAAAGAUAUGAAGUUCAAAAAUAUUGAUUUAACUUCAAACAAAAAAAUGAUAAGCAUAAAUAAAAAUCAGUUUUUGACAAGCAUUGAAAAUAACUUAAAAUCAAGACUUCUUGACAAUGACAGUGAAAAUAAAAUUAUUUUGAAAAAUAUUUUAGUGUUGGAAAAAUCAACUUGGCCCGAGGACCCAGAUAUUCGAUAUGGAGAAGAUGAUAUUAAAUACUUAUGUAAAAGAUUUUCACUGGACCAAGAUGAAGCUAUUAGUAGUAUGAGAAAAAUUAUUUACGAUCAAACCAUUGAUCCUAAAAACGUGAUGUUUGCAUUUUACAUUUUUCUUAAAACAUUUCCAUGUUCAACCGCAGAAUAUGAAAGAGGAUUCAGUGUUAUGAAUAACAUUUGUAUGGAUCUUUGUUCACGGUUAACGAUAAUUAAUAUUUCUAAUUUAAUGUUUAUUAAAACCUCCCCUAAGUGA